UUAAGCUCUUUGAUUCAAUUCGGCUUAGGAUGAAGUGGAAAGCAUGAAACUAACGCCGAGACAGGUGCUCGCUGGAUCAUUAUGUCAUUUUUACGGGACCUCAAGGAAGAAAUCAAGGAUGUGAAACGGGACCAGGAAUUUGUGUUAAGAUGCAGGAUAACUGAGGACCAAUAUCAGAUGUUAGAAGCCAUAAAAACUAGAGACAACAACAAAUUCAAACACCUUAUGACUCGAGGUGUUGAUCCAAACUUCUUCAACGACACCGGCAGCACACCUCUCCACAUUGUAUCUGGACUAAAACAAACCUCUGGUAACCUGGCUGUGAAAGACAUACUUCAGGUCCUGGUAUACUUUGGGACGUCUCUUGACUCCGUGGACAGGUUUGGACAGACACCCUUACACAUCGCCUGUCACACCUCAGCCUCCACUGUCCAAGUCCUGCUGGAGACCGGGGCGGCUGUUGAUGUACAAGACAAUGCGGGACAUACACCCUUGAUGGAGACAUGCAGCAGUGACUGUCCUGAAGCUCUGUCCAUUGUCCAAUAUCUUCUUGACCACAACUGUAACAUUUCACUCAGGGAUCAGGAAGGACAUACUGCCCUACACUGUAUCUGUGGUAACCUCAAACAAGACAUGACACUGAGGAAUGAGAUAGCACUCCAGCUGCUGUACCGAGGUUUGUCAGCGAAUGUAGAGGACAAAACAGGUAAAAUGGCAAUGUGUUACGAGCUGAAUCAUUUCCUUCACCGAAAAAAGCCAUUGUCAGACAAAGGCCUACAACUUGUGCAGACUUUAAUCAAGGCUGGAUCCACGUUUAACAGGAAAAACAGACAACAUGACCGAUAUGUGCGGUAUGCAUGUAAAGUUUCCAGUGGGCCCAUGUUUACACAGUUAGCAGAACUCCUGGCUCCAGUGUUAUCUGUAGGUGGGGUCUUAGCACUCAGAGACUGUGUUCCAAAGGAGGAUGAGGACCACACCCAUUUCCAUCAGUAUCUCUCUUCACUGGCCUGCAGAGUUCAGCCUCUGAAACUGAUGUGUAGGACUGCGCUUCGUGAGGCCCCGGAGCUCCGGGGAAAACUCUACACCAAAGUGAAUCUACUUCCCAUCCCUUCCACUCUCAAAGACUACAUGGUGCUGGUAGAAUGAUGCUGAUCAUGCAAUUAUAGAUCUCUUUUAGGAUGCAAGUCGUUUUACGGUGCAUAAAAGUUGUCUUUAUUGUUUUAUUUUCAGGAUGCUGCAAUAUUGAUGCGUUGUGUGGUUGUUAUUUUGCGGUUUGUUCACCUGACACAAAUUUAAGUGCUAGUAAAGCUUAUCCCUUAGUGCAUCAUUGGCCACCCAUCCAUCAUCAACUUUUCCUUUAAAAGACUACUAUAGUCCAAAAUGAAUAAUGGGAUUUUAAAUACAUAAGCAGAUCGCUGUGUCAAUAGCAUGAAUUUUUUAAAUAAGGUUGCAUCGUGUGCUUCAAAUUCUCAUUGCGAGGAUUGGUUGGGUUGGGAUGGGUUUUUGGUUGGGUUGGGAUGGGUGUUUGGUUGGGUUGGGUUGGAAAUUAAAUGGAAAUUACAAAUAGAUGAGUAAAUGUCUCUUAGGCCUCUUUUUUAAGCAUUAUUUCAAACAAGACAAGUUAAAAUAAAGUCCAUGUGAUCCUAGUAAGUUUAUCAUAAGCAUUAUUUGAUAUAAUAUCAGCAUUGGACAGUAUAGUUUGUUUGAGCCAAACGUUUGCUUCACCUUUGUAAGUAAGUAACUAACAUCACUGUAGCUUUCUAGAUAUCUAUCGAUGCAUGUACUUUAUACCAUCCUAUCAAUUCUAAAAGUUUGUUCAUUUUUCAUCAAAACAUACCAUCCCACUUUUCAUUUCUAUCACAAGUUGGUAUUUCCGGAGCAUUGUUCUAUAAAGAGAUACGCCAAAUACUAACAGGGUCACGUAGGCCCUUGAACAGGUGUUACUGUACCCUAAAAGAGACACUUUGGUAUAUUGGCUAAUAUUUGGGGAUAAACAAUCAAUAUCAGCAGAAAAUUAUACAUUUUUCAAAUAUUUA